CUUACCCAGGGCGAACAUGGAAUCAAGCUACGAGAUGUGGCCAGUGGUGCAGCAGUGACGGACGAGAAAGCCACCUCUGACCCCAACGCUGCGUCCAAGUGGCACUUUACGUGCAGCACACCUCAUACUGUCUGUGCUAUGUGAGUUCCACUCAAGCGGAGCAGCGCUAAGACGUGGGAUGACUUGCAUUGGGCACUUACCCCUUAUCCUUGCCUGUGUCCCUCAGCCUGUAUGAUGGUAUCCAGUACAAGAAGGGCCCCUUGCCUUACAAGAUUGUUCAUAAAGAAAGUGAGUAGCGAAAGUGCUAGGCUAGACAGCAGUGGGUGCUCUAAUGAGGUUCCUUCUGUGUUGUCACCAUUCCACAGAAUUCACCGUCCUCUACUACUGGUAUUUCCAGCCCACUGUCGAAUUCAUCGCCCCCGGUGGCUCCGGCAACUGGUAUCCAGCACACGGUUGUCAAAACACUUGCGUCAAAGGACUAAUGGCGGCCAAUUACGCUCAGGAUCCGAGUGUGCAGGUGCGUGGGGACAAGAACAAUCCCGAUACGGUGGUUUGCAUGAGCCCGAGGAACUUGGAGAAUGAAAUGGUCUUCUAUAUGCAGAAGCCGAAUUGAGAAAGCGGAUACGAGUGCAAGUGCGAGUGCGAGUGCGAGUGCGAAGGCCACGGGUCUUUUCCAGAGACGAACGGCCCCUUUUGUCCUGUCCAAACUCUUUUUUCUCUUUAUCAGUACAUUAUGUCGUCAUUGACGAGUACCUCGCUGUGUCCUUCUUUUCGAUGCAUGCAGUGAUCUAGUCCCUACCAUACUGCUUGUCUUUCCACGCUGAUUUGGCAAAGCUUUGACUGAAGUUGUCCUUCUAGUAGGCUUCGGAGGGGUUCACAGUCGGCAAGUAGGGGCGUAAGAACAAGGCAUACGUGAAGAUUGUGCCAAAGUGCUGGUCGGCAGGUGGAGAGCGAAGCCUUGGUUGUUUGAUGCUGUGCGGGCAGUCGGGCGAUCUGAGGAUGCAAGUUGCAGUUGCCGAAGGUGCAGCAGUGAGUCGUG